GCCCACCCCCGCAGAGCUGUCGUGGGGGUUUGAGGAGGCGAGGCAUGGAUGGCCCUCAGCACAGCUGGCCUCGUCACAGGUGCCCAGCGCCUGGCGCAUUAGCAGGGCAGCAGCUGUCAUUACCACCCCCGUCCCUGCUCCGUUCUGUAACGGCCACUUGGAUGGUGUGCUCCAUAGCGCACGGCGAACAGCCGGGACUCAUACCUUCUCCCAGAGCUGCCAUGAGACCUCCCAGUUCCGAACGCCACACGCUGGUAUUGGGGGAGAACAGGAAGGCCCAAGGCCCCUUGGCAAUAAAUGGGCAUUUAGCUGAUGCACUUAAUGCUUGCAAAUUUAAGCAAGUGUCUCACUCCUCUGAGCUUUAGUUCCUUAAAAAAUGGUCAUGAUCAUACCUACCUUGUGCGAUAGUUUCAAUAAUGAAAUGAUUACCUGUGAGCCUGGUGCAUCGACACAACGUAUACCAUAGCCAUAAUUACCACUUUUAUGGAUGAUUUUCAGCUUCUCAUGACGAGAAAACGUCUUGGAGUAUUUUCUUGCCCAGAUGGCUUGGACUGACCCAGAGGCUGUGUCAGGGCAGAGGCAGAAGAGGUGAUCAUCCGACACUGUCACCAUCAGCACACCGUGUACCGCGAUGGCCAAACCCUGGAACAACAGGGCAGAGCCCGCCGAAGAGCAUCGUGGGGCCCGCGCGCGCGUAGCUGCCGUCUCACUGACACGGAAGCUGCUUCACACCCCACCCCCGGGCCAGCAAGAAAAGCGGCUGCCUGCAUGCCUGGAGGCAGCCGUCCUGCCCGAGAUGCAAAGCAGAAGGAAAAACGACUCAGGCUCCCAAUUGGCUAACAGACUUGACCAGAAUCAGAGCAACCAGAAGACGCCAAAACACCCAGUCUAAGAAUUUGGGGCAUCGGAUGGAAAAUCUGGGUGUUGUGAACUGCUAAUUCCCAAGGAUGUGGCCACAUCCCACAUCGGGUGCUGAUUACUAAAAGUAUCUAAAUAAAAGUGGGCCCUGAAAGAGCAUGUCAUGAACCAAGGAUUGAGUUAACCCCAUUUUGGGAGCAAGAGGUCAAGCACAAGAGGAAAAGAACAGCAAAAGACAGUUGUGCAAACGGAAACAGUGACAGAGGUACAGAUGAAGAAUCGUGACCUUUAAAAGGUAAAGGUCAGUAAGAACAAGAAAAUACUGAACUGCGUCCCAUUCUUGGAAAAAUCCUUAGAAGACACAGUAAUGUUUACUGUCCCCAGUUUCUUCUGCUCUCCUCCCGCCGCUGAUAGCUAAUCUCUGAAAGACGGUUGCCCUACCUCUUAUUUGACUUCGAUUUGUUCUCCUUUAUUCCCACUGGGUUAACGAACUGACGGCCUAUCUGGUAUGAUCCAAAUUUGGUUGCAAAGAUGAACCCUAAAAUGGCUCGCACAGCACCUGCGCUCCGGGCAGUGCCCUCCACCCUCCCAACUUCAUCUGGAUCUCAGCACUGUUCGUUUAAGUGACACACCUUCUUAAGGGAGCGAUGCUGUGCGAGGAAUUUUCCUCCUCUCCGGAACCUAAUGCACAGUUUACUAAAGAAGUGGAGUAUGGGAUUCUGGAAAUUGUCUCAUGCCCUGACAUAAUAAAGGCUCAUUGUGAGCAGGAAGAACUUUAUGGGAGUCAGCCCGAAAUGCCACCAGUAGACAUGCCUCAUUUAUUCUGCACAGCACAGAAAGCUCGCGGAAAGGAAACUUUUAAAGAACUGAAUGAUCUUAUGUCAGGACUGUCAGAUCACAGGAUGGAGAAUCAAAGGGUGGUGCAGCCAUAGGUGGACAUGCUGAAGCCAUCCAAAAAAGGUCGGAAAUGAAGAUCUAGGUCACCCGGAUGUCAGCAUGGCAGCCACAAACCUGGAGAACCAGCUGCACAGCGCCCAGAAGAACCUCCUGUUCCUCCAGCGGGAGCAUGCCGGCACCCUCAAGGGGCUGCACGCCGAGAUCAGGCGGCUGCAGCAACACUGCACAGAUUUAACAUAUGAGCUGACACUCAAAAGUGCGGACCAGACAGGAGAUGGAUCUUCCCGAAGCAGCGAGCUAAAGAGAAGAUGCGAGGAGCUGGAAGCCCAGCUGAAGCUCAAGGAGGACGAGAACAGCGAGCUGCUCCGGGAGCUGGAGCAGAAGGACGCCAUGAUCCUGGUGCUGGAGAGCACCGUCAGGGAGCGCGAGAGGAAGUACCUGGAGGAGCUGAAGCUGAAGAGCCACAAGCUGAACAUGCUGUCGAGCGAGCUCGAGCAGCGCGCCGGGACCAUCGCCUACCUGACCUCGCAGCUGCACGCCGCCAAGAGGAAGCUCAUGAGCUCCGGCGGGACCUCGGACGGCAGCCCGUCCGGGAGCCCCGUGCUGGCCAGCUACAAGCCGGCCCCCCCCAAGGACAAGCUGCCCGAAACGCCCCGCCGCCGAAUGAAAAAGAGCCUCUCGGCCCCCCUGCACCCGGAAUUCGAAGAGGUUUACAGAUUCGGGGCCGAGAGCCGGAAACUACUCUUGCGGGAGCCGGUGGACGCCAUGCCCGACCCCACCCCGUUCCUGCUGGCCCGGGAAUCGGCCGAGGUCCACCUCGUCAAGGAGAGGCCCCUGGUCAUCCCCCCCAUCGCCUCCGACCGCGGCUCGAGCGAGCCGCACAGCCCGGCCCGCGAGAAGCAGCACAAGGCCCACGUGGGGGUGGCCCACCGCAUCCACCACGCCGCCCCGCCGCAGGCCCCGCCCGAGGUGGAGACGCUGGCGGUCGACCAGGUGAACGGAGGAAAGGCCGCGAGGAAGCACUCAGGGACGGACAGAACUGUGUGAAGCCUGCCCGGGCGACCCUUCCCCCCUGGCUGUCGAUGCACUGUGAUCACUACUAGGAAAACUCAUCCACGCCUUUUUUUUUUUUUUUUCUCCAAUUCCCCUGCAUGCCAAAUUUUUUUUCAGACACGUCAACAUUCUUAUUCUCCUGCUCCUUUUGCCCUGGUACUGACACCAGAAUACGAUCAUGUCCCUGCUGCAGAAUACCUAUUUACCGAUUGCCGUGGCCAAACACCUGUGUGCCGAAUCGCUCGCUUCUAAUCCCACUCCGUGUAACUUCAAUGCGCUCGUGGACAAAGCACAGGCCACAGGCUGCAUCACUACUCGACGUUAAUGAAAUCAGAUAGUCAACCCGCCUAACUAUACAGCCGGAGCAACACGUGCCGACCGGCCUCGACCCUCUCGCUCCAGUUCCUAGGGCGGCCCGUCCAGAGCAGCCCCUGCUCCCUCCCGGAGACCCCGUAACCUCCCACCAAGCCUCCCCCGGGGCGGCCCCGAUAGCCGAGCAGCUGUAUGUGUCUAUCGCGGGAACGAAAUAAGAUGAUGUUACUCCUCGUGUCACCACAACCUGAAUGUGUGUUCAUAUUUUUUGGUUAGUUUUAUCCAAAAUGUUCAAGAUCCCAACAAACUUUAUUUUCUAAACCUG